AUGUUGUUUGUGAAUGUCAUCCCUUCUGAGCCUCAGCCUGAGCAAGUUCCCAUAGUGCCCAUAGUGCCCACAGUGCCCACAGUGCCCAUAGGGGACCAAAGUUCUGUUGGUAUGAACUAUGAAAACCAACAUGCGAAGGAUGGUGAAAUCGGACCUAACGCCAUUGUUGUCUACGUAGGCAAAGAAAAGGCUGUAGAGGGUGAUUCUAAUAAAGAGGGUGAAGCUGAAUCACGUGAUGAAGGUGAUGAAUAUACUGAGCCACGCCCUGUUGUAGAACCGUUAAAGUCGGACAAGGUGCGUUAUGUGGUCAAAUGUCCUAAAGAAGGAUGUAACUGGGGUUUACGAGGUGGUAGGAUUCGAGGUACAGAUAUUUUCUCGAUUAGAAGGCACAACAAGAUGCAUACAUGCUCUCGGGCUAGUCAAAGUUCAAGCAAUAGUAAGAGGCAAGGCACUCCACAAUUAGUUGCUUCUCUUUUACAUGGUGAUUAUCCAGGGCAAAUGGAAACUCCACCUCCGAAAAUUAUCAUGGAUCUUGUCAAGACAAAAUUAGGUGUUGAUAUAUCAUAUUCCACGGCGUUGAGAGGGAAAAAUCAAGCUGUUACUGAUUUGAAAGGUAGCCCAGAAGAAAGCUACAAGAUGUUGCGAUGUUAUCUGCACAUGUUAGAGAAGGUUAAUCAUGGUACAAGAUCAUAUGUGCAUUGCGAUGAGAAUAAUAAAUUCAUGUACUUGUUCAUAGCUUUGGGAGCUAGCAUUGAAGGAUUUAAAGUCAUGAGGAAAGUUAUAACUAUGGAUGCAACUUUUCUAAAGAACGGAUAUAAGGGUGUUCUUAUGUUGAAAACCGUUGUUGGGGAUUCUUCUGAAAUAGUAUUUAUGACUGACAGAAAUACAAGUCUCAUUACAGCCAUAGCUAAUGUGUAUCCUCUAGCUCAUCAUGGUUUUUGUAUAUGGCAUUUAUCCCAAAAUGUGAAAGGUUAUGCUCGUAACGUCAACAAAGACGUUGUUGCAUGGAGAUUCAUGGAGUGUAGUAGGUUUUACACAGUGGCUGAGUUCAACAUUGCUUACGCUUCUUUUACGACAAGAUAUCCUUCUGCUGCCAAGUAUCUUGAAGAAUCUACCCAGAAAGAAAGAUGGGCAAGAUGUGUUUUUCCAGGAGAUAGAUACAACCUAGACACAAGCAACUGUGUUGAAUCGUUGAACAGCGUAUUUAAAGAUGCAAGGAGGUACUCCUUGAUACCCAUGCUUGAUGCAAUACUUAAAAAAUUCUCUGAAUGGUUUAAUGAACAUCGGAAAGAUGUUGUGUCUGGAUCAGUCGCAAAUAAAUUGGUGCCUUUAGUGGAGAACUACUUACAUGAUUUAUGGGCAACUGCUGAGAAACUAAAGGUGAUAGAGCUAAAUGGUUUCGAACUUGAAUACAAUGUCAUUGACAGUGACGGAAAGCCUUAUUUGGUGAAGUUGCGAUUGAGAAGUUGCAGUUGCAGGUUUUUCGAUAUACAAAAGUAUCCUUGUGUGCAUGCAUUGGCGUCUUUCAUUACAUUCCAAAAAUAUGGAGGUAAGGAUAUCGAGUUACAUGAGUUGUGUUCUAAGUAUUAUUGGACGGAGCUGUGGGCAAUUGCAUAUUGCAGGACAAUUUAUUUAGUACCUGAUAAGUCUCGAUGGGAUGUCCUAGAUGACGUCCAAGAUAUGCAGAUCAUGCCUCCGAAUCGGAAAAUAAAAGGGGGAAGAAAGAAAACAAAAAGGUAUGCAUCUGCUGGAGAAAAACGACCAAAGACUCGACCUAGGACGCAGAAUAAAAGGCGCCGGAGACAAGGACUCCAAUGGUUGUUAUUUGGAGAUAAUGUUCAUGUUUGA